AUAUAUAUAGUUCUUCUUUGUAACUCCGGGGGGGAUAUGAUAAAUGAGAGUGAUAAAGAGUUCUUUUGUAACGUCACACUGCCAUUUUUCAGUAUUUAAAUGCAAUUUAUAGUAAAAAUGUUGAAUUCAUUUCGUUAUCGAACUAUUGUUUUCAGAAAUGUAUUUUACCGUUGCUACAAAGCAAGAACGAAUCGUUUUGGCUAUAAAGAGACGACCAUCGCAUCUGAUGACACUCAAAAUCAGCACAUCAAUUUAGCUGUUGAUAAUUCCAAUCUUUGUCAACUUGCUUGGAAAUACAGAGACUAUGGACACAAAAAGGCAUUAAUUGAUCCAUUGAACAGAAUUCCAAGAAUAUGUGAGGAAAUUGACAAUUUUUCAUCAUUGUAUAAUGUUAUGAACAAUAAUAAGGAUGUUAGUCUGCUGGGCAUUCUCAACAUUCCUGACAAAGAAGCAGCACCUUUAUCUGAAGUUAUCAGACAUCUUGAAAGCAUUUACUGUGGACAUCUUUCUGUGGAAUUAAAUCAUUUAUCCAAUGAAGAGGAAAAGCAAUGGCUUGCACAUAAAUUGGAAGAAAGUACUUUUCAGUUCUCAUUGUCUUCAGAGAAAAAGAAACAUGUUGCAAAACUUUUGAUGAAAGCUAAGACCUUUGAUGAUUUCCUGGCCAAAAAAUUCCCAACAUUUAAACGUUAUUGUGGAGCUGGUGCUGAGAGUGCAUUACCAUUUAUUGAUGAGUUGCUUUCAGAGGCAUCAGCUGUCUAUGGAAUUGAAGAUGUUGUCAUUGGUAUGGCUCAUCGUGGGAAACUGGAACUGUUAGUUUGCAUUCUUGAUUAUUCACCUGUAAAAGUAUUUAGUAAAAUCAUUGGUAAACCAGAGUUUCCAGAACAUCUUGGCACUGGAGAUGUUGCUUCACACUUGUCAAUUUCAACAGACGUGAAUUACGGAGGUGAAAAACCAUUACAUGUUAGUUUGAUUCCAAACCCCUCACAUCUGGAGGCACAGGAUCCCGUCGCUUGUGGCAAGACGCGUUCCAAACAGCUGAGAUUACGUGAAGGUCACUAUGGCAACAAUCCAGAAAGUCGCUGUGGUGACAGGACUCUUUGCUUACAAGUCCAUGGAGAUGCAGCGUUCACUGCUCAGGGCAUUGUUGCGGAGACGUUGUGUAUGGCAAAUCUUCCUCAUUACACCGUCGGUGGCUCGGUACAUUUGAUCGUCAACAACCAACUGGGUUUCACAACCCCACCAGAACAGGGAAGAUCAUCUCGUUAUUCAAGUGAUAUAGGCAAAAUGAUUGAAUGUCCUGUGUUUCAUGUCAACGGUGAUCAUCCUGAGGAAGUAAUGAGAGCCUGCCGUCUUGCAAUGGAAUACAGAAUGAAGUAUCGUAAAGAUGUAAUUGUCGACAUGUUAUGUUACAGAAGAUGGGGGCACAACGAAAUGGAUGAGCCUGCGUUCACUCAGCCCACAAUGUACGACGAUAUCGUAGCACGUGAGCGAGUCCCAGACCUCUAUCUGCGCAGAGUUGCGGAGCACGGUGUCGACGUCGAAGAGAUUGUGAGAGAACUCGAACCUUACAAGGACUUUUUAUCUGAAGAGAGUAAGAAGGCUGAGAGUCAUCAAUCUCUGGCAACAAGUUUUCAGAAACAAUGGAGGGGUUUGCAACCUGCAAAAUCAGGCGUGGUCACUCAUUUUGACACAGGUUGUGAUCUGGACGUCCUUCUUUUCGUUGGCGCAAAGUCUUGUGAAGUGGAAAGAUCAGUUAAUGUUCAUCCUCAUUUACGCAAAACAUUCUGUAAUGCCCGAAUGUCAAAACUCGAAGCCGAAAGUAGUAUAGACUGGGCUUGUGCCGAGGCCCUAGCAAUUGGCUCUUUGCUGUAUCAAGGUCACAAUGUUCGUGUAAGCGGUCAGGAUGUUGGAAGAGGAACAUUUAGUCAUCGUCAUGUCAUGUUAGUCUGUCAAGAUUCCGAGAAGAUUUACAUACCGCUGAACCAUAUGUUUUCAGGCCAAAAUUCCUUCCUUGAAGUAUGCAACAGUCCCCUGUCGGAGGAAGCAGUGUUAGGCUUUGAGUACGGCAUGAGUAUUGACGAUCCUAAUAAUUUGAUUAUCUGGGAAGCGCAGUUUGGCGAUUUUUAUAACGGUGCACAGGUUAUUGUCGACACGUUUGUAGCGGCUGGUGAAACAAAAUGGUUGUUGCAAAGUGGUCUUGUCAUGUUACUUCCUCACGGUAUGGAUGGUAUGGGUCCUGAACAUUCAUCAUGUCGCAUUGAACGUUUUCUACAGUUGAGUGACAGCGAAGAAGACACGGUAGAUGGCGAUAAUGUUAACAUUCAUGUUGUGAAUCCUACGACGCCUGCGCAGUACUUUCAUCUUCUUAGAAGACAGAUCGUUCGUAACUUUAGAAAACCUUUGGUUGUUGCAUCUCCUAAACUUCUCCUUCGAUCUGCGGUAGCUGUUUCAAAGCUAAAUGAAAUGGCUCCGGGUUCUCACUUUCACCCAGUCCUGGGUGAUGAAAAAGUCGAUCCAAGUCAUGUAAAAUGUGUCGUGUUUUGUUCGGGGAAAUACUAUUACACUUUACUGAAGGAAAGAGAGAACAGACAUGCACAUGAUAUGGCUAUUGUUCGUUUGGAGGCGCUCACUCCAUUUCCAGUUGAAGAAAUCAAGAAUGAAUUAAAGAAAUAUCCCAAUGCUUUGUCGCAUAUCUGGUGUCAAGAGGAGCAUCGAAACAUGGGCCCAUGGACGUUUGUCAAUCCGCGAUUUUUAAAUCUGCUUGGUGUAAAGUUAAAAUACGUUGGAAGGAAAAGUUUAGCGACACCAGCUGUUGGAAUUGGAAAGGUCCACGCUAAGGAAGCAGAAGAGAUAUUACAGUCUUUGUUUUGAGCAAUGUGUACUUAUGUAUUCAUAGAGAAAAAUUAUCCUUUUCCUCAAACUUGGAACUUGUGAGCUCGAUUUUUUUAUGGACAGUGUCCGGUAUUAAAUUGAACAAAUGUCAUUGGAGGUCGAAGGUCAUGUCUGUCUGAGUACUUUGAUGGAUGAUUUUGUAGUGCAUCGUGUCUGCUCUCUGUUGAUGGAAAAUAAUAUUGUUACAAUAUAGAAAUUACUCAACUUGCUUAUUCGAGUGGUGAUUUAUACUCAUGAAUAAUAUUGUGAGGUUCCGUGGUUAUAAUUACUUAAUUUAUUAUUUAUACGACUGUCACACGGUCAGACUCUGGAAGCACGUGGUCUGGGAUAAUUAGCAUAUUUUGCGCACUUAAAAUGCACGACUUCAGUAUGAUAAGGUUUUUUAGUAGUACGACCCAUGUUGUCUUAGAGCAUCAUGAUGAUAAUUUGCCAAGGUUACUUUAAUUUUUCUUUCAUUUUUCUCAUGUUUGAUGCUUUUCUUUGAAUAAAAACAGUUUAUGUUCAA